AGAACCCUCACGAAGCGGGCGUGGGAAAGAGCGUUCGCGGGGGAAGCUGGGAAACUUCGGUCAUCCGCCACCAUUUUACCAGAUUUAAGCCGCAGUGACAGCGGGUCAGAGCACACUUGAGCCAUGAAGCUACUGACCAGAGCCGGGUCCUUCUCGAGAUUUUAUUCCCUCAAAGUUGCCCCCAAAAUUAAAGGCACAGCUGCCCCUGCAGGAGUUCCUCUACAUCCUCAGGACCUUGAGUUUACCAAAUUACCAAAUGGUUUGGUAAUUGCUUCUCUGGAAAACUAUGCUCCUGCAUCAAGAAUUGGUUUGUUCAUUAAAGCAGGCAGUAGAUAUGAGGACUCCAACAAUUUAGGAACCUCUCAUUUGCUGCGUCUUGCAUCCAGUUUAACCACAAAAGGUGCUUCUUCUUUCAAGAUAACCCGUGGAAUUGAAGCAGUUGGUGGUACAUUAAGUGUGACUGCAACAAGGGAAAAUAUGGCAUACACUGUGGAGUGCCUGCGGGAUGAUGUUGACAUUCUAAUGGAGUUCCUGCUUAAUGUCACCACAGCGCCAGAAUUUCGUCGUUGGGAAGUGGCUGCCCUUCAGUCUCAGCUAAAGAUUGACAAAGCUGUGGCUUUUCAGAAUCCGCAGGCUCAUCUCAUGGAAAAUUUGCAUGCUGCUGCUUACCGGAAUGCCUUAGCUAAUUCACUGUAUUGUCCUGACUAUAGGAUUGGAAAAGUGACAUCAGAAGAGUUACAUCACUUCGUUCAGAACCAUUUUACAAGCGCACGAAUGGCUUUGAUUGGGCUUGGUGUGAGUCAUCCUGUUUUAAAGCAAGUUGCUGAACAGUUUCUUAACAUGAGGGGUGGACUUGGCUUAUCUGGUGCAAAGGCCAAAUAUCGUGGAGGUGAAAUUCGAGAACAAAAUGGAGACAGUCUUGUCCAUGCUGCUGUUGUAGCAGAAGGUGCUGCUAUAGGAAGUGCAGAAGCACAUGCAUUCAGUGUUCUUCAGCAUGUCCUUGGUGCCGGACCACAUGUCAAGAGGGGCAGCAAUGCCACUAGCGUCUUGUACCAGGCUGUUGCCAAAGGAAAUCACCAGCCCUUUGAUGUUUGUGCUUUCAAUGCCAGUUACUCAGAUUCUGGGCUCUUUGGAAUUUACACUAUUUCCCAGGCUGCAGCUGCUGGAGAUGUUAUCAAGGCUGCCUAUAACCAAGUAAAAACAAUUGCUCAAGGAAACCUUUCCAGUGCAGAUGUCCAGACUGCCAAGAACAAGCUGAAAGCUGGAUACCUAAUGUCAGUGGAGUCUUCUGAGGGCUUCCUGGAUGAAGUUGGAUCCCAGGCUCUAGUUGCUGGUUCUUAUAUACCACCAUCCACACUCCUUCAGCAAAUUGACUCGGUGGCUAACACUGAUGUCAUAAAUGCUGCAAAGAAAUUUGUUUCUGGCCGGAAGUCAAUGGCAGCGAGUGGAAAUUUGGGGCAUACACCUUUUGUUGAUGAGUUGGAACCCUGAAGCACAUACUGCAGGGGAGAGAGCGGAACAUUUUCUCAUCCAGUCUGUAAUAAUUUAUCUUUUUUUCUCAACCAAGUAAAAUAUAAAACAUAAAUGCAGGUAAUUAAUCCCAGGUGACAUAGAGUCAAUAAAACAUUCUACUUAAAUGUU